AUGGCCUGGAAUGCGCUGGUAAAUGCUUUGAGCUAUGUCAGGAUCAUACCACCGAGGAACGCUACUUUUCCAUAUGACGCAGACGACGACAAUGACAAUGGCAAGGUCAAGCCUUAUGUACGGCUCAAUUUUCCCAUGAAUUUUGUCACCGCGCCGUUGAUAGCAGACCUUUUCCUGCUCGCUAUUCUGGCCAUUGGGCGCAAAGAGGUGCAUGACGGGAUCCUGGGAGCCGAUCAUAUCUCGCCCAUUGAUAUUAUGGCCUUCUUUAUCACCUUGGCAUACAUCGCUAUUUCUAUCGACGCGUCGGGUUUAAUUCGUUAUCUUGCUUUCAAGGUCCUGCAAUGGGGAGGCAAAGUUGGGCAUCGACUCUUCUUCUUCCUCUACUCCUUCUUCUUUCUUAUCGGCAGCUUCAUCGGCAAUGACCCGAUUGUCCUCUCUGGCACAGCCUUCCUCGCCUACAUGACAAGAGUUUCUAGCAACAUUGUCCAUCCUCGGGCUUGGAUUCACACCCAGUUUGCUGUUGCAAAUAUUGCUUCAGCAAUUCUCGUCUCUUCCAACCCCACAAACCUGGUCCUUGCCGGAGCCUUUCAAAUCAGGUUUAUCAACUACACAGCGAAUAUGAUUGUUCCAGUGGUAGUGACUGCUGUUGUGCUCUUCCCCUUCCUCCUGUACAUUGUCUUCGCAAACGAGGCUUUGAUCCCAUAUUCCAUCGAAAUGCACGAACUGCCGCCAGAGGCUAGAACCAAGAAACCCGUCAACCCCAACAUUCCACACGCACGUGGACCGAUGGAAGAGGACGAGAACAGUACGUCCAAUGACGAACAGACCAAAGUCUUAUCAUUGGAGGAAAUUAUGAAUCCAUUCUUGGACAAGGGCGGCGCGGCCUUUGGCGCUGUCAUCAUGGCCGCAACACUCAUCACUGUCCUGGUUAUCAAUGCUGUUAGCACCGGCACCGAAGCUCAUCCUGUUUUCUGGGUAACACUGCCAGCAGCAUUCGUAAUGUUUUGCUGGGACAUUGGUUUUGGUUGGUUUCAUCGUGCCGAAACCAGACAAAUCGCUCGCAGGGGCCGGCUGGAACUUGAGACUGCACGAGAAGAGCGGGCUCUGCGAGAAAGAGACCAGGCGAGGUUCUCGGAGACGAACGCAGCUACUGAGAACGCACAUACUUAUGAGCUUAAAGAGCCCCUUUCCAAAUCUGGAAAUGCAGCUGGUACAAUGGGUGGAAAGCCGAUGUUACCUUCACCUCCUGCAAUCCUUGUGUCCCAAAAUACUGAUGGGGCAACGAUUGCUACCAGUUCCGAAUCCGAAUCCAUUACUUCACAGCCAGUCCCAGCAGCUGAGAAUGCUACAGAUAAACACAUUUCAAAUGGCGAAAAGACUGCAAAAUUCCAAAACACUAAACUCGACCGUACGACAUCUGUAACCCCGUCCCCUAACUUGUUCAUUUCGUCAUCCAGCGGGGAAGUUGGUGAAGAUGGACGAGAUUCACGAGAUCUGCCUUUUACAAAAGAAAGUGGCCCUGCUACACUGACUUCACUUUCGAAAAAUGGGCUUAGAUGGUGCCGGGAAACAUUCCCUACAGCAGCGGCUGUCAUACUACAUUUGCCGUUUGCUCUGGUCCCUUUCGCAUUCUCAAUGUUUGUGCUUGUCCAAGCACUAGUCACCAAAGGCUGGAUUCCUGUUUUUGCACACGGUUGGGAUCACUGGGUGAAGAAGACGGGAACUGUUGGUGCUAUUGGUGGUAUGGGUUUCCUGUCCGUAGUGCUAUGCAAUUUUGCUGGCACGAACAUUGGUACGACCAUCUUGUUAUCCCGAGUCAUUCAAGCGUGGCAGAAGAUCAAUAUUGUAAAUCAGACCGACAUCAGUGAUCGCACAUUUUGGGCCACCGUGUACAGCAUGGCAAUUGGAGUAAAUUACGGCGCAUUUAGCACUGCGUUCAGCGCAUCUCUCGCGGGGCUUCUUUGGAGGGAUAUCUUGUCUCGCAAGCAUAUUCACGUUCAGAGACUCGAAUUCGCCCGCGUCAAUCUCCCAAUUAUUGCAAUCGCCAUGAUUGUGGGCUGCGCAGUUCUGACUGGGCAAGUAUACAUUGUGCGAAGCGAUAAGCCGUACAAUCAUACCUAG